UGCCGGUUCAGUUGAUACUUACGACGUACGAGGGGGACAGUAUAAACUUUAUGGCUCACUCGUUUUCUGGAUAGGUUAAGUCUGGUUCGCGAAUUUUCUUUUGUAACCACGUUCUUAGACCGGUUACAAGCGUGGUUCUUGAAAUCUAUCGAAAACAAACCGGAAUAUACAAAAAAUUCAAAUUCGGUUAAUAUUUAACCAAUCAUAAAAUCCCAUAGAUUUUGUUCUAUGACCGGUUUAUUUUUGGUUUAGAUAAUUCCAGUUAUCUCUCUCCACGAGAAACAUUCGUCGGAAGACAAUCUCAAUUUUCCGACAAUGGAACCAGAAGUAAUCAGAGACAAAGACUCUAUGAGAAAAUGGUCUCGAGCCAUGAGAUCACAAGGCAAGACCAUUGGUUUAGUACCAACAAUGGGUUACCUCCACGAAGGUCACUUAUCUCUCGUUCGUCAAUCACUAGCCCUCACUGACGUCACCGUCGUCUCAAUCUACGUCAAUCCAGGCCAAUUCUCUCCCACUGAAGACCUCUCCACAUACCCAUCUGAUUUCUCCGGCGAUCUCACUAAGCUCGCGGCUCUUUCCGGUGGUAAAGUCGUCGUCUUUAACCCAAAAAACCUCUAUGAUUACGGCGGUGAGACGAAGAAGAUAAACGACGGUGGUGGUAAUGGUGGGAGGGUAGUGAGUUGUGUGGAGGAAGGUGGGUUAGGGCAUGAGACUUGGAUUAGGGUUGAGAGAUUGGAGAAAGGUUUUUGUGGGAAGAGUAGGCCUGUGUUCUUUAGAGGUGUUGCUACUAUUGUUACUAAGCUUUUUAAUAUUGUUGAGCCUGAUGUUGCUCUGUUUGGUAAGAAAGAUUAUCAACAAUGGAGGAUUAUACAGAGAAUGGUUCGAGAUCUUAAUUUUGGUAUUGAGAUUGUAGGAUCAGAUAUAGCUAGAGAAAAAGAUGGACUUGCGAUGAGUUCGAGAAAUGUGCGUCUUUCAGAUGAAGAAAGGCAAAGGGCUUUGUCUAUAAGUAGGUCACUGGCCAUGGCUAAAGCUUCUGUUGCAGAAGGGAAAACCAAUUGUGCAGAGCUUAAGGAUAUGAUCAUUCAACAAGUUGUUGGAUCUGCAGGACGAGUAGAUUAUGUCGAGAUAGUUGACCAAGAAACUCUUGAAGGAGUAGAAGAGAUAAAGAGUGGGGUAGUGAUUUGUGUUGCUGCUUGGUUUGGAACGGUCAGGCUCAUAGACAACAUUGAGAUCAAUGUCUCUCUCUAGAUCUCACUGUAUGCAUCAAACUUCAUGAAAAAACUUGGAAGCUUCGAAGCUAGUUAUUUUUGACUGGAAUAUGUGACAAAAAAAUGCAUUCGCAAAUCCAAAAGAUUGAUGAGUAUCAUCGUAAACUAUCAGCUUCACCAUGUUUGUGUGUACGUGAUAGGAUUGAAGCAGGAAUGAUAUUUGCACAUUCUCGUUGUCUCUGUUAUAACCUCUUUCAUUGCAAACCUGAGUGUUUUGAGUUUUGAAUUUUACACACAGUUUUGGUAUUCUGUAUACGCAAGUCGGAAUGAAUUAAACAUCACAAGCUGGCCAUGAUAGAGA